AUGGGAGACGACGCCCCGCAAGACACCCCACAGCAGGCAUGGUGGGAUGCUUUUCCUGAGCCAAAGGCCGAGUGCCCUCGGACUGACCCAGCUAUCAUCUCUAAGCUCAUCGAAGUGAAUGCAGCUCUCGGAAAGAACGCCAAACGAGAUUUCCUUUUGGUCGACGUUCGGAGGACUGACUGGGAGGGUGGCACUAUUGCCACGUCUAUCAACCUCCCAGCUCACACGUUCUAUCAGACCCGUCCUCAGGUCUAUCAGCUUGUCAAACAGGCAGGUGUCAAGAGAAUUAUCUUUUAUUGCGGCAACUCCAAUGGCCGAGGUCCACGAUGCGCUAGGUGGAUGCAAGACUACCUUGACGAGGUUGAAGAGACUGACAUCAAGGCUGAGAUUCUGACAGGAGGUAUUAAGGGUUGGAAAAAGGCUUACGAUGGCCAGUUGAUGGACUUUUACGACGCAAAGGCCUGGGAGGAGAAGGAGUAA